CAUUUCUGUCAUUGGGUUACUGGUUCUUGUUUUAGAGAAAUCGCGUUUCGCUGAAAAUCGGGUUCUUAUCUUUUCAAUAGAUAUCGUGUAAUGUAAAAAUUACAUAAAAGGACUCGAUAAUUUGGAAAGAUGAUGUAUUUGCGAUGUGUUGAGGGCAUGUUAAAAGUAAAAAUAUCAAAACAUAAGAUCCACUGACUCGUUAAGGUUAAAAUUAUGUAUGAUCGAUAUUUAUUAGUACAAAGAUAGUAGAAUUUUGUAUUAAAAUAUAAUUAGGAUGGGUCCUCCUCCGGUGGUAACGGGUAUAUCUCCUAAAGAAGGACCUCCUGGAACUCGUGUAAUAGUUCGCGGUGAAUUUUUGGGUAACAAAGCACAGGAUCUUAUAGGAUUAACAAUAUGUGGCUGCGACUGCCUUUUAUCAGCAGAAUGGAAAUCCUCCAAUAAAAUUAUCGCUAGGUCAGGUCCCUGCAAAGGUCGUGGAGAUAUUAUAGUAACUACCCGUAGUGGAGGACAAGGAACAUCGACGGUACAAUUUCGUGGAUAUCAUGAAACUAUUGGCCCUAUGAAAGAAUCCGCUGUUUGGGUCGAAGAGGCUCCUAUGCAAAGUUUUGUGUGGGGAAGAAGAACCCUUUCUCCGACUAAUUAUCAACAAGAAGAUCCUUUAGGUUUAAGCGUAGAAGGCAACGAUAAAAAGUUUCCCGAGGAUGAAUUAAUAGAACUGUUUGGAGAGGGUAGCGGAGAUCUUACCAAUGAUAAAUUUCAUCCUGGAUGGUUUUUACUGCAACAUCAUCAUGCGACAACUUUCGAAGACUUGAAAGCUGGCUUGGCGUAUCUUAAAAGAAAAGUGAAUUCUCAAAAAGAAGGUCAACUAUCAUUUUUAAAGGCUAAUGUAGGAUCGGUGGUAGAACAAUUUGACACGAUAAUGCUGUUAAAAGAGCAGUUUGAAAAUGAUAUAAGAACAUACGGCAAUGAUCCUACUGAAAAAUUAGAAAAAUGUAUUCAGAAAUCCAUGUCAGAGGCUAAUAAAUUAUUUGACGACGUACUAGCGAGAAGAGAUAGAGCAGACGCGACCAGAAAUGCUCUGGCUGUAAUGCAACGAUACAAGUUCCUUUUUUGUAUGCCGGUUAACAUAGAGAAGAAUAUAAAACGUGGCAAUUAUGAUCUUGUAAUUAAUGAUUAUGCGAGAGUAAAAAAUUUGUUUAAAAACACGGAGGUUGAUGUUUUCAAACAAGUAUUGCAAGAAAUUGAUAAUAAAAUAGAUAUGCUUAAAGUGCACCUAAGGAAAAAACUUGAAGAAAUGCCUUUCAGUUUGGAAGAGCAUAAAAAGAUAGUCAGAAAUCUUGUUAAUUUAGAAGCAGAGGGAGAUCCAGCUUGGGAUGCGAUAGUUUCACACUCAAAUUAUUUGAAGAAAAGUAUUACCGUUUGCAUGCAAGAACAUUUGGAAACGGACAAUUUAAACGGAGAGGAAUUAAAUAAAAUGAAACCAGCACAGAAUAAUAAACAUUUAAAGUCGAACAAAAAUGAUGGAACCAAUGCUCCAGCACAAAUAUCGUGUGUGGAAGCAAUUUGUGACAUUAUAGUUGAACAACUGCCAGAUUUAUGGAGAUUAGGUCAAAGUUAUUUUACGGGCCAAUUACAUGUUGCGGUGGAUGCAGAGAAACAGACUCCUUUCAAGAAUUUAGUGCUGUCAAGCAUGCAACACGCCAUGGAAGCCAUGAGAAGUACAUGUAGCAAUGAUUUAGAUGCCUUAUGGCUUUUACAUAUCUUACGCAGGAUUAGGCAAAUGUACGCUUCGUUGAUUCAUUUGGAUUUGCCGAACGAGGCAUUGGAUAUUUUUGGAAAAUUUAUACUCGAUUUAAGGUUACAGUGUUUUGGCGCUCUGUUUAAACAAACUGCAGAAAGCAUAGCAGGUUUACAUAAGAAAGAAACUUGGCAAAUGGAAUAUUUGAACGAAGAUGGUGGCGUUACGAAAUUGCCAUACCUAUUUGAAGAAAUGGUUAUGGAAAUUUCAAAACGAGCACGCGAGAAAGUGAUCGCUUGUGGUCCCCGAGAAGGUCCAUUGUUUGCUAAUCCUGCGCAUCAACUUCUAUAUUACAACUCUGUCAAAACGCUAUUUACAUCAUUCGCGCGAUGUCUACAAAAUUUGGCAUUCAGUGGAUGCGAAGAAGCCCUUGACGAUGACGAGCCUUCCGUUUCGCAAUUAGUUGGUUCUCCUUCCGGAUAUAAAAGCAAGGGCAACAAACAUCAAGGCCCAACGUGGGAACAAUGCCUGCUAAUCUCGUUAAGUAAUAUUCGCUAUACACUGAACACCAUUCUACCGAGAAUCGGGGACACAUUGAAAGAUCAGGAUUACCCAAGUUUAUCAAAUGCAGUUGGAUGGAAUUCUGAUUGGACGCAACUGGAAACAUUGGAUACCGCUGUCUUAGAUGCGUACCUGGAACGUCGUUGUGAUCCAUUAGUCGGUACAAUUGAGCCGAGCAUGUAUCUAGGUGGCUUAGAGUGGGACUUUGAGAGUGAACCCACUCAUGUAAGACCAUACGCCCAAGAAAUCCUGGCAAAUUUAAUCGCAGUUCAUGCAGAAGUACGUCGAGUUGCACCAGCUUUGUUGCACCGAGUUUUAUCGCAUAUAGUAGAAACUGUAGCCGAAGAACUCGCGAGACUCAUGUCGUGCGUGACUCAAUUUAGACCGGCUGGAGUUGUUCAAGCACGAACCGACAUUAUAUUUUUAAGAAACGCUUUACAAUUUUACAGUACAACAAGGGCAAAGAAUUUCUUCGAGGAAGCUUUAGACGCGAUACCUCAACCUGUCAAUAAAGAAGAUCGCAUGCGGGUCGACAUGUUAUUAUCGAAAGUGGCAACGUCCAUGCAUUUACAACUGUCAUGUCUUGCCAGUGAUACAAAAAAUAAUACUCCUACAUUAAUUGCUGAUCCUAAUCGUGUUACCACUGUAUAGUUGUAAUAGUAACAUAAAUGGUCUAAAACCGGGUGCGAUAAUAACAUGAAGAAAGAGUGUUCCAUUGUUUCUUGUUGGACGUCGAAUGUUCAGAGUUACAG